AUGUGGUUCUCAAAGUCUUCCUAUACUGGAUUGGCAUCUUCAGACGGUGACGACGAGCACCUAGUCUCCAAGGCCCAUGCCAACCGGUACAUCCGUCAGGCAAGAAUUGCUCUACAGGUCGCGAUUGGUGCCUCCGGCUGGCUACUUUCAGUGAUUCUCCUGGGCAUAUUGGCUUUCCGGGAUGGCAACUUGAGAGAAGACGACUGCUUUGUUGAAACCUCGGCUUUCUCUCCUCUUAUGGAACAUAUUCCUCAUCGAUUUGUUCAGGCUAGGACUAAUGGGUCUCUUGAAUAUCCAUCCAAGUUUCGAGGACGUCCCAGUCAAGAGCUGGAUGAAAAUUGGGAUCGCAUCAGUAUAUUCCGACCUUUGGAUAUUCCUGUCAGCAAUGAAGAAUACAAUAAGUUCGGUGAAUCUCUUCAGACAGCUAGCCUGCUACGGAAAGCCAUAUACUACAAUAUUGACUACUAUCGUGAGACUGGGUUCGACUUCCGAGGCAACGAUGAGCAAAUGAUUCAAACCCAUAUAGACCACUGCAUAGAGAUUCUCCGACAGUUCGUCAUGUGUCAUGCCGACGUUGGCUUAGUCGCGUCGCAUUGGGUAGCUGACGCCAACCAUCCUUGGCCGGACUUCAACACGAACAAGAUCUGUAAAGAUUUUGAUGGCAUACUAGAGUGGACUCUCAGUCACCAGGCUCCGCCGGGAACAGAGAUGAUUCCGAAGAAGCCCCACGGCGUCAAAGUUCUAGCUACUCCUCCAUGA